AUGCCCCUGACGCUGCCCGUCGCCGCCCCACCGCGCCUACGUCCUCUUCCACGACGCCACCUCGCCGACGCCCCGCACCUUCCAGCCUCCUUCCUCUCCCUCGUGCACCCCGUCGUCUUCCCCGAGCUCAGCGCGCGCUCCAUCCAUGGCCGCCCCGACCUCCCGCCGCACGUCGUCGUCGUCGGUCUACUCGCCUUCGGCCACCUCUCCGACCCGCCGGCCUCCUCGAGCGCUUCCCCGACUCCUCCCCGAGCAAGCCUCGCUCAACUACAGGGCUCUGUGAGCCCCCUUCCCUUCCCCUCUUCCUCCCUGGCGGAUCCGCCGCCGUGCCUCCCCCCCACGCGCGCUCUCGUCCUCCCUAGUACCUCGCCGCACCCCCCUAUGUUGUCUGCGCCCACACGAGCCCAUCUGCGCCGACCUGCGCCCACCACGGCCAUCACGCGCACACUCGCCGCCGCCUGUGCUGCUCCCGCUCCCCACCUCGACGCACUGGCCGCGCCCCAGGCGCGCCCCUACCCCGGCCUCCCGCAGCUUUCUCCAGCACAGACCCCUGCUCACGCGACCGCGUCCUCGCACCGUCCAGCCGCCGCCCAUGCUAACCGUGCCCAAGCUCGUCGCCGCGCCCGCCGCCUGCUGUGCUUGGCCCCACGCAACCCGCCCUGCGCCGCGGCUCCCGCCCGUCUCCGCUCACCCCGUCGUGCGCAGCCCACGCCCGCCCGGGUGCCCGGUUACCAACGCCUGUUCGGACUAUGCCCGUUAACCCCGCGCUCGAUAGGCCCCCUGUGCCUAUGA